CCGCGGCUCACGUGUCGUCGGGGUCAGCUGAGGAGUGUAAACAAACAAGCGGGCCAGGCAGCGGCGAGGAGGAAGAUUUUGGUGAAUGUCGCGCAUCAUGACAGACUUGGAGCUUAAGAACAGGGGGAACAAACUCUUCUCCGUCAGGAAAUUCGACGAGGCGAUAAAAUGUUACACAGACGCCAUUGCCAAGAAGCCAUCGGUGGCGGUGUACUACACCAACCGGGCCUUGUGCAACCUGAAGCUGAAGCGGUGGGAGCUGGUGUGCCAGGACUGCCGCACCGCCCUCGAGAUAGACCCCACCCUUGUCAAGGCUCACUUCUUCCUGGGCCAGGCACUGCUCGAGAUGGACAACUUUGAUGAGAGUAUAAAACAUUUAACGAGAGCACACGACCUGGCCAAGGAGCAGAAGGUGAACUAUGGGGAUGAUGUGGCCUGCAUGAUCCGAGUGGCUCGCAAACGCAGAUUCAAUGUGGCAGAGGAAAAGAGGAUCUCUCAGGAAAUAGAAUUACAGACUUACCUCAAUAGGCUUAUCCUGGAAGACAGAGACAGACAGAUUGAUGAAGUCCGGAGGAAAUACGAAAAUGAUGAAGACAGGUCACAGGAAGAAGUGAUGAGGAUAGAGCAAGAAACUGACAACUAUAUCACUGAGGUCAACACGAUGUUUGCUCGACUGGAUGAGAGAAGAAGAAAACGGGAAGUUCCUGAUUAUUUAUGUGGUAAAAUUAGUUUUGAAAUCUUGCGCGAGCCAGUAGUGACUCCCAGCGGCAUCACUUAUGACCGUAAAGAUAUUGAAGAACACCUGCAGCGUGUGGGCCACUUUGACCCCAUCACCCGGACAGACCUGACAGUGGAUCAGCUGAUGCCAAACUUAGCCAUGAAGGAAGUGGUCGACUCUUUCCUCACCGAGAAUGAGUGGGCCCUUGACUAUUAGCCUGACCCUCUGCCACCACCACACCACCACUACCACUACUGCUGCAUUUACUACCACCAUCACCGCCUCCACUAUCACUUCCACUACCACCACCAGCACCACUACCACUAUCGUCAUUUUUCCAUUUGCUCCUUUUAGUAAUUAUGAUCCAAGACUGAAGCCAUUGGCAGUUCGUGGUGAUGGGUGUGUAUCCGAGACAUUUGGGGAAAAGACAUCACUAGUAUCAGUCCACCAUCAGUACAAGGCUAUAGAUGUAAUUUUUAUAUAGUAUAUGUAAGUCUUAAGAGGAAGGAAAGUGUCAUUUAACUGAAUAUAUUUCAACACGGAACUCCCCC